GGCACAGGUGUAUUCGCUCGCAUGUGCCAUUUCGCACUCUCGAAACGCCAACUCUCCGUGUAAGACUGCCCACCCUGUCGCCGUGAACUCUUGGAGUACCUAUCACAAGUACCUAUUGUGUACAAGCACAACGUAAUUGACUUGGGUUGCCCCUCGAGAUGCCCUAUCAGCCCGACGACCAUCCAAUGAGGCUGCUCAAACUGUAUCGGCAACUAGGUGAAAGAAGGUUGAUUGAGGGAAAGGAGGGAGCGUCCCCUGUUGGCUCCUGCGACGUUCGUAACUUUCUCUUCUCAUUCGGUUCAUUCGUGAAUCGUGGUUGCCAAUUGGACGAGCACCUUCCUUCCUCGCCCGCAAAGUGUCUUCUUUCCCAGAUUGCCAGAGUUCACAAGUUCCCGCUCCCUCGGGCGGCCCCACUCACAGAGGGUGGACACCAAACGAGCCGCAAGCGAGGCAGCCACAGCAGCGUGGUGCUUACCUGUCUCGGGUUCUUCGAGCACCCCGACAACCCGCAGCGGCCCAGGCAGGCGGCAGGUGCCAGCAGAAAGACAGACAGAGUGUUCAAAUACAAGGCCGUAAAUGUCUUCACGCUCUCUUCGGUAAACGUGCGUCUUGACCCGAUCCUGGCCACGUCGCAGCCCGUUCCAACUGGGCGAUCAGCGCAGCCGAUAUACGACGAUUUACGGCAAACGCACCCACCCCUGGCCCGCCGCCAUACCGCAGACCUGUCCGCCAGAUCUGCAUCACACGGAUUCCCACAUGCCUCGCCCACCGGCCCAGGGCCCAAGGGUCACGGCGCAUUUGACCCGUUUGGCGCUUCAACAUCGCACACUUUGAGCAAUACUUCCUACUACGUAGAAUUAAUCAAUCAGCUUCGUCCGAGAUCUGUCUUCCGGUUCCGACUGGAGUCAUCCACUCCGACCGUGAUGGCGUACCGGACGGGUUGCAUCAGUACUCCGAGAUUCACGGCACAUUCUUCCCCUUGUAGUAUUCGCCGGGUCACGCAAUCCACAUGGCAUGAUGGCAGCACAGCAACGCCAGACUAUCAACAGCAGUCGCCGCGAGACAACGUCAUAGCGCAGUCUCACCACUGA